AUAAAAUGUCUGAUUCUGAAUACUAUUAGAAAUAUGGAGUUAAUCAAUCUGUUUUUAAUAGCGAACCAAUAAAAUAAUUGAUUCCUAUUUUAAAAAUGGCUCGUUCAGCAUCUGAUGAUAUCAUGGUUCGUAAAGAUAGUUAUGGGAAUGUAAUUUAGCGUGGAAAUAAGAAACAUAAAAUUUAGUUCAGAGAAAAAAAUGAAAUAUUCUUAGGUAUUAAUAAUCAAUUAUAUAAUAGUUGAAAAUUGGAAAUAAUAUAAUACGGACAUAACAAAUCAAGAAUCUCCCUGUAUCUGCCAAAUAAUGUGACUCU